AAAGCGGUGGGUGACUGGUGAAACCAGGAGAGGGGGAGGGCUGAAGUUGACCAAGUAACAGCAACAACAGCAAGACAAGCCCCCAUUCCUCCCUCCCACCCACAAACUCAAAACAAGCCCUGUUCCUGCCUCCCACCACCCACAAACUACCCCCUCAUUGCUGGGGGAGAAGCUCCAUUCAAUGCAGGUUGGCACUUUCACUGUACCCUGGUUAAUAGACUACCUGACUGGCAGACCACAGUUUGUACGGCUUCAGAGCUUGCGUCAGACAUGGCUAAAGGCAGCACUGGGGCCCCACAUGGGACUGUAUUGGCUCCCUUCCUGUUUACCCUGUACACCUCGGACUUUAGAUACAACACUGAGUCAUGUCAUCUGCAGAAAUUCUCUGACGACUCAGCAAUAGUUGGGUGUGUAAAGGGAGGACAUGAGGAUGAUAAAAGAGCCCUGGAGGAGGACUUUGUCAAAUAGUGCAAGCUGAAUCGUCUGCAGCUCAACAUCGAUAAGAGAAAGGAGAUGGUGGUGGACUUUAGGAUGAGCAGGCCUGCACUGCUCCCUGUUACUAUCGAUGGUGAGGACGUGGAUGUGGUGAGGACCUACAAGUACCUGGGGUGCACCUGGAGCACCAACACAGAGGCUGGGUACAAGAAGGGCCACAGUCGCCUCUACUUCCUGAGGAGACUGGGGUCCUUUGGAGUAUGCAGGCCUGUCCACGUUUCCAUCGGUCUGUUGUUGCCAGUACAAUCUUCGAUGCGGUGGUGUACUGGGCAGUGGCAUCAACACAGGUGAUGCCAACAGGCUCAAUAAACUGAUUAGGAAGGCUGGCUCUGUUAUAGGAGUCAAACUGGACACACUGGAGGCUGUGGUAGAACAAAGGACCGUCCGGAAAAUCCUGGCAAUUCUGGACAAUGUCUCUCACCCUCUGCAUGCCACCUUGGCUGAACAGAGGAACACGUUUAGUAGUAGACAAAGACAACUGCGCUGCUCCUCAUAGUGAUAUGAGGUCUUUCCUACCCUUGGCCUUUGGGCCGUUUAAUGAGUCAACCUUUAAUGAUGACCCCUCCUGUUAGACUGUUUGAGGAUAAGCUUGCAAAAGCAGCUGAAGAAUUCCAGAGGGAUAGCCAAGAGUACGGUCUUUUCCUGGAUCGAAUGGACAAAUGGCUGAAGACACACCAAGAGCAAGCGAUGCAGUUGCUCGGCAAGCACGACCGGACUGGCAACGGGAUCCUUCACUAUGAGGAGUUUAAACUUGGAAUGCGAGACUUGAAGAUUCCUUGUGUGGAAGCCCAGCUCCACAUCCUGGCCAGACUCUUGGAUCCCAACAACACUGGGACCAUUGACUACGUGGAACUGGGUGCAGGUCUCGACAGAGUCAGGUAUCAGCAGGGCAGCGUUGAAGAGGAGGAUGAGGAGAAUGAGGAGGAGGAGGAAGUGAAGGAAGCCAAUGACAGGACUGUGGCGAGGGGAGGCAAGGAAAGACAUGAAGCUGGAACGACGCUAGUGAUCACCAAGGAAAAAUUGAACCAUUCUCCAGGCUGCCAUCUGGGCCUUCAAAGCCCUUUACAAGUCUCCGAAGCUAGGUACGUCUCUCUCGCCCUGCGCCUCAUCAGCUUCAGCACCCUGAGCUCCCACCCCGGCCACCUGCAGCGCACCGUCCCUUCUCACAUCAAGGUCUAUGGACUGAUUGGCCAAAUUCGGGCCUGGACGGGCAUCGAGAGCACCACACUCAGGAUCUUCAAGGACCUGUCCUGCUCCCAGGAGUCUUGUCUGCCGCUGGAGUUGUCUCUGGAGGAAUGUGGGUUCCCUGGUGGGCCCUGCCACUCGCCCACCUCCGCUCUCCUCUUUUAUGAUUACUGGAUAGAGUUCGGUGACUGUCCAAUCUUAAACUGUGACCAUUAUAUCAACUUCAGAAAGCUUUGAUCACAGGGAGACACACUGAAGAACACGUGCUCUUGAAGUCAGUAAAGACUUAAAAAUUAAAGCUUAGUUUUAUUUGUUGUGUGUACGUCAGAACAUCAAAACCUACAGUGAAAUGCAUCAUUUGCAACAACAACCAACACAGUCCGAGGAUGUGCUGGGGGCAGCCCGCAAGAGUCGCCGUGCUUCUGGAGCCAACGUAGUACAUCCACAACUUACUAACCCUAACCUGUACAUCUUUGGAAUGUGGGAGGAAACCAGAGCACCCAGAGGAAACCCCCAGUCACAGUGAGAGCAUACCAACUCCUGACAGACAGUGGCAGAAAUUAACUGCUGCCCACUGGCACAGUAAUAGGCGCUAUCCUACUGUGCCAACCCCAACUAUGAUGUCAAUAUCAAAGAGGGAUGCAGUGAGGAAUUCUGAUGAGGGAAUGGGCUGAAAGGUGAACUCAUAGAAGUACAUAAAAUCAUGAGGGACAAGGACAGAGUGAAUUGUGACGAGAUCUGAAGGAUUAUUUUAAAGUGGACUGUUCAUUUAAAAGAGAGAGAGAGGGAGCGAACAGCUUGUGUACUAAUUCAGCAGGAGGGAGCGAAAGUCUGUGAGCUGCCUGGAAACUGAAAGGUGGAGUUCUAUGAUGGACGGCUUGUAUUCAGCACUUGGAGAUAUAUGCAAGGUCAGUCGACUUUUUAAUCAGACACACGACACCAGAGGCAAGGAGGACAUUGGUCAGCUUUGUGUGCCCACGCCCGGGGCGGGGGGGAGGUGGUUUGCUCACAGUGUGGACAAAGGAGUGACCGGUGGAACCCUGGCCUGGGUUGAUAGCGUUACCAUGGAAACGGUCCUUUUCUGUGGUCACAGUCGGUGACUGUAAGUUCCGGGAGCAGCAGGACGGCAUCGACAUCGGCACUGGAAGACAAACCAACUUUCUCCCUCUCUCUCUCUCCAACUCUGCUCAAAUCCAAUUCCAGAACGGAACUGAUUACUUACCGUACCACCGUAAGAGUGUCACCUGAGCCUGGGAAGCUCGUGAACCUUAUUUACUCUCAGUGUUGUGUGGAAUCAAGACCAAGACGGCAUUGGCUUAAGGUGAGAGGGGAGAGAUUUAUUUUAUUUAGAGAUACAAAGCAAAACAGGCCCUUCCAGCCCAGCGAUCCCCUGAUUUAUCCCUGGCCUAAUCACAAAGCAAUUUACAAUCACCAACUAACCUACUAACUUUGGACAGUGGGAGGGAACCGGGACACCGGGAGGAAACCACACGGUCAGGGCGAGAGCGUACAAACUCCUUAUAGAUGGCAGCAGAAUUGAACUCUGAACUUCAACCCCCAAACCGGUAUCAAUGUCCCACUGACCACUAUGCUACAAAGGGAUAACUUCUUAAAAAGACUAACGCUGGUGUAUGCGUGGAAUGAGCUCCUGGGGAAGGCUAAAUAACACUUUAACGGACAGGUAACGGCUUAGAUGGUUCUGAACCAAACACCGGCCGAUGGGACUAGCUUGAUGGGGCAACUUGGUCAGUAUGGAUCAGAUGGGCUGAAGGGUCUGUUUCUGUGCUGUAUAACCCGAUGGCUCUGUGACUCUACCAGGCAGCAGCCUGGAGCCCAAGUCUUUGCUCAUCUAAUGUCGACAAUAUCAACUCAGUGCAGGGGUCACAGGUUGCAUUCAAGAUCCAAAGUAGCACAGUGGGACACCCUCCAGAGACUGCAGUUUGCAAACCUGGAUCAGAGAACAUGUUAGACCACAUCUGGAGUAUUGUGUUCAGUUCUGGUUGCCUCAUUAUAGGAAGAAUGUGGAGGUUUUAGAGAGGGUGCAGAGGAGAUUCACCAGGGUGCUGUCUGGAUUAGAGAGGGUGCAGAGGAGAUUCACCAGGAUGCUGCCUGGAUUAGAGAGGGUGCAGAGGAGAUUCACCAGGAUGCUGUCUGGAUUAGAGAGGGUGCAGAGGAGAUUCACCAGGACGCUGUCUGGAUUAGAGAGGGUGCAGAGGAGAUUCACCAGGACGCUGUCUGGAUUAGAGAGGGUGCAGAGGAGAUUCACCAGGACGCUGUCUGGAUUAGAGAGGGUGCAGAGGAGAUUCACCAGGACGCUGUCUGGAUUAGAGAGGGUGCAGAGGAGAUUCACCAGGACGCUGUCUGGAUUAGAGGGGGUGCAGAGGAGAUUCACCAGGAUGCUGUCUGGAUUAGAGAGGGUGCAGAGGAGAUUCACCAGGAUGCUGUCUGGAUUAGAGAGGGUGCAGAGGAGAUUCACCAGGAUGCUGCCUGGAUUAGAGAGAGUGCAGAGGAGAUUCACCAGGAUGUUGCCUGGAUUAGAGAGGGCGCAGAGAUUUACCAGGAUGUUGCCUGGAUUAGAGAGGGUGCAGAGGAGAUUCACCAGGAUGCUGUCUGGAUUAGAGGGCUUGUCUUAUUAGUAUAGGUUCAGCGAGCUAGGGCUUUUCUCUUUGGAGUGAAGGAGGAUGAGAGGUGAUUUGAUAGAGGAGUACAAGAUGAUAAGAGACAUAGGUCGAGUGGACAGCCAGAGACUAAUCCAGACAGCAUCCUGGUGAAUCUCCUCUGUACCCUCUCUAAUCCAGACAGCAUCCUGGUGAAUCUCCUCUGCACCCUCUCUAAUCCAGACAGCGUCCUGGUGAAUCUCCUCUGCACCCUCUCCGUAGCUUCCAUAUCCUUCCUAUAACGCAGCGACCAUUACUGAGCACAAUAUUCCAAGUGUGGUCUAAUCAGGGUCCUGAGUGUUCACAUGAGGAAAUCUGCAGAAGCUGAAAAUUCAAGCAACACACACAAAAUGCUGGUGGAAUGCAGCAGGCCAGGCAGCGUCUAUAGGAAAGAGCAUUGUCGACGUUUCGGGCCGAGACCAGAGUGUUCAUUAGGUUUGAUCUACAUAGGACAUUGUACAUACUCUUCGGCCCAUGAUAUUGUGCUGACCCUUUAACCUACUCCACAGCCAAUCUAACCAUUCCCUCCAUGUGUCCGUGUCUCUUAAAUGUCCCUUAUUUAUCUGCCUCUACCAGCAACGAGUGGCUCCGCACCUUUUGUAUCCCUACAGUGUCACCGGCCUCUCCAGGAUGACUUGCAAAGGAUGGGGACUGGAACAGAACUGAGGCCCUUGGUCCACAUCAGCAAAAUAGGACUCUCCUCCCCUCUCCAAAUUGGUGGAAUAUCUUUGUACACAAGCGAUUCUCUGGGUGUUCUGCAACUGUGGAAAUACCCUCGUGGGCUUUAAUGUUCUCUGGGGAAAUUUUCAUGCCAUGAGCCCCUACCAUUGAGGGGCUGGUGGACCCCAGGAGAGAGAAAACCCCUGCUUUAGUCUAAAAGCAGUACAGCACAGGAACAGGCCCUUCGGCCCCUCUGGACAGCACCAAACUGCUAUUCUGUCUAGUCCCAUUUACGUGCGUCAAGAUAACUCUACACACUUCUCCCAACCACACCCUUACCCAAAUUCUCUUAAAUGUUGCAAUCAAACCUGCAUCCAGAGGCAGCUCGUUCCAUGCCCUCUGAGUGAACAAGUUCCCCCUAAAUAUUUCACCUUUCACCCUUAACCCGUGACCUCUAGUUCUAGUCUCACCCAACCUCAGUGGAAACAGCCUGCUAGCAUUUACCCUGUCUAUACCCCUCAUAAUUUUGUAUACCUCUGUCAAACCUCCCCUUAAUCUCCUACACUCCAGGGAAUGGUCCAUUUUCACAGCACUUCACACUGGGUUCUAUACAAAAUCACCAGAUACAGUAGCUAUUUAACCGGUAGUAUUGUAAUGGGUGGUGUCGCAGGGACCAGGAGGCACGUGGGCCUGUCAGUCAGCAUGCCUGGAGUUCGAGACCCGUCAAUGGCUAAUCCGUGAGUUGAUAGUGAAGAUGGGAGCUCGAAGAUUGAUCGGUACUCUAGAAAUCAAAUUCCUCUGGCCAAAGCCAGAGAGAGAGAGGAGAGAGUGUGGGGACAGGGCUAGUUUUGACUUGUUGCCACUUGUCUUGCUCUGCCAAGCAUUGUGGGCUCUGUUGGCGCCAGAAUGUGUGGCGCCAUUUGCAGGCAGCCCCCAGCACAUCGUUAGCUGGAGCUGGUUGUUAAUGCAAUUGACACAGUUCACUGUAGGUUUGGAUUACGUGUGAUCAAUAAGUAAAUCUGAAUUUGAAUCAAUGAGGACCAGUUUUCCUGAACUUCCUGUGCCUACUUACAAUGGGACAGUCAGGCAAUCCCUUGAAGAAUCCACACACAUUACACCGUUCAGUAGAGCUUUGGUCCUCAGAUAUCAGUAGGAAAUAAUUACUUGUCAGUUUCCAAAGCGAAUCUCUGAAGUGGCCUCCCAAGGUGAAACUUGCAGCCUGUGUUCUGAUCUUGGUGUCUGAUUAUCAGAAUCGGGUUUAUUAUCGCCGACAUGUCCUGAAGUGGUUCAUAAAAUUAUCAAUUUUAUAUAUGUGUACAUGCAAAAUGAGAGCAAAAUACUUAGAGUGUAUUCAAUAAGAAAUAUUAAAUAAAUAUGUAGUGCAAAAUAGCAUAGCAGUGUUCAUGGACCGUUCAGAAAUCCGAUGGGGGUGGGGGGGGGGAGCAGUUCCUAAAACAUUGAACAAGUGUUCAGGCUCCUGUACUUCUUCUUUGAUGGAAGUAUUGAGAAGAGGGCAUGUCCUGAGUGAUGAUGGUCCUUCAUGAAGCAUCACUGUCUGAAGAUGUUCUUGAUGGUGGGGAGGCUAGUGUUCACGAUGGGACCAGCUGAGGUUACAUGGACACGGGCUCUUUUGAUUCCCAUUUAAACUUUGGGAGCUCGUUCGUCAGUUCGGGCAGUCCCGAAGCCAACCAUUCAUAGCACAGCGGUAGUCUGUACUGAAUUUGGGAAACCUGUCCGAAGAUAACUCGGCAACUAGGCACCACCAAACACAGGUAGCAAUCCACUGCCGAAAGCCGACUCCACUGACAUCAGGCAAAGAGCAAGAGUAAACAAGGAGGAAAUACAGCCAAGGCAACAAGAGAAUUUAUUAAAACAGUUCUACAAAUACAUACAGCUGGGAACGGGCUGCACAAUAGAUGCAAACUAGGAGACAACUGAAAAGUACUCUGGUUCCUUACUUUUAUAACUGAUCGCCUGACAGUGCUGCCAGGGAUACAAUGGGUUGAUGAUUCUUUUUUCUUCUUCAAUUUGAUCUUUCUCAAAAAAAAACAUCACUCCACUGAAAAUAAAACACUUUAUUUGUAACGUUAUUAUAAAUUAGUAAGCGUUGAAGCUAAAAGACUUAGACAUCCUCUUAGGUUUAGAGUGAAGGCUUUAUAAAUGUUCUUGCUCAAUUGUGAUCGUAUAAUACAUAAAUUAAAAAAAAACUUAACAUAGCAGCUCAGUUAUAAAAGGCAGAUAGAGACCGUGUUUUUGAAGAAUUGCAUCUU